AUGGCAGAGGCAGCGCGCUGCUACAUGUUGACUUUCACUUUGCUUCUCUGUCUAAACAAACUUCCAGCAGCGGCAGCGCGGGACGAUGCCCAUUUUCUCAGCUAUCACAUUGCCAUCACUCCUAACCCCAGAUAUGGACAACUGUGGUGUGAGAUUCAAGGCUGGCUGGAUGGAAAUAUGUUCCUCAAGUAUCACUGUGAGAAUGAGGCGAAACCAGUUGUUCAUCAGGGGAUGAAGGUGGAGAUCCUGAAGGAUUUGGAGACCCAGGAAGCAGCUAUGAAAGAGGUGGCAGAGGAGAUUAAAAAGAAACUUCUUGAGAUGAAACAAAUUACUACAGCAAGUGAUCCUCUCUCUCUGCAGGUAAAGUUAAAGUGUGAGAAGGAAGCCAAUGGAUGCACCCAUGGGUCUUGGGAGUUUGGCUUUGAUGGACAGACAUACCUUCUCUUUGACUCGAAGAAGAUCUGGACAGAGUUUCAUCCUGAGGGCAGAGAAUUAAAGAAGACACUAAGUCAUGACAGUGAUUUGACUAAGUUAUUGGUGAUGGUCUCAAAUGGAGACUGUUGGAUAUGGCUUGAGGAGGUUUUGGCACACUGGGAUGAGUUGCUGGAUACGGCAGUACUGCAAACCGUGACCACAACUGGAGUUGGUUCCAAGUCCGCAGCCAUCACACCCAUGUCCUGGAUCCUCAUGGUGCUCCUUACCUGCACAAUAAUGAUGCUUUUCUAG